AUGUACAGCGCGCUUACUGCUCUGACUCGUAUAGUCAGGCGCAACGUUCUCAGUCUCGCUUCCGCGAGUGGCGUAGGUCUGCAGGGGCCACGCACUGGACCGCUGUGCGACAGUGGAACGCGGCGAGCAGGCCUUCUGCUGGUUACGAAUCACGCUGUGCUCCCUCGGUACUGUUCAGAGUCGACCAAGUCAAGAGGCGUUGUUCAGGGUCCCGUGUAUACGGCGCCUUACUUUGGCGCCCCAAUCGAACAAGUUCAGUCGCUGAGCCUCGACGAACUAAAGCAGGCGCUACGGGCCUACGGGGGUUUGGUGCGACCCACCGAUAACCAGGAGGUGCUCUGUAAGCGCCUCUUGAGCCUCACGAGGCGACGUCGGGCGCAGUGCAUUCACGGCGUCGUGGUUUCGAACGCACCGCAGAAGACGGUUGUCGUUGCCGCGCGUCGACUUCGAUAUGAGCCCAAAAUCAAGACGUACCGUUUCGUUACGCGUAGGUUUAUGGCUCAUGACGAGGAGGAUCGCUGUCUUCUUGGAGACAAGGUCACCAUUCGACUCUGCCGCCCGCUGAGUCGACGGAAACGGUUUGUGGUGGUCGAGAACUUUGGCAGCUCGGAACGGCGCCGUCAGGAGGCGGCCACAGCUGCCGCUGCCGCGCGACGCACCGAGGAAAGUACCGUGGGACUUGCCACGCUGCCAAGCGAGACGACAGACUCUCCGCGAAGUACAGCAUCAGCUGCAAGUCGGCCAAUAAUGCCGUGA